GCAACACCUGUAACCAGCGUGACGUAUAAUUGGGCUAGUAGCACCCGCAAUCUUAGAAGCGAACGGGAGAUGGACGAAGACGAGCACGAGGUGUAUGGUGCAGAGAUCCCUGACGUGACGGAGAUGGAGACCGAUAUGGAGACACUGAACGCCGACGUCGAGAUAGCAAGGGUCGAUGUCGACGCCCUCAAGGAGCUCGGCGAAAUGAAGAAGCGUCUGAAGGAUAUGGAGGAGGAAGCUGCCGCGCUUCGUGAAAUGCAGGCCAAGGUUGAGAGGGAGAUGGGAGCCACGCAAGAUCCUGCAAAUGUUGUAGCACCUGGAGCAAAUAGGGAGGAGGUGGAUUGCAGAUCAGUUUUUGUUGGUAAUGUUGAUUAUGCAUGCACGCCCGAGGAGGUUCAGCAACAUUUUCAAUCAUGUGGAACUGUUAAUCGGGUCACCAUCCUGACAGACAAAUUUGGUCAGCCAAAAGGUUUUGCUUACGUUGAAUUUGUGGAACUGGAGGCUAUUCCAGAAGCUCUUAAUUUAAAUGAAUCUGACUUGCAUGGUCGCCAACUGAAGGUGAUGCCGAAGAGGACGAAUGUUCCGGGAUUCAAGCAAUAUCGCCCGAGGCGUUACAAUCCUUACUUGGGCUAUAGGGUCAGGAGGUCAUACGUGCCUUCAUAUUUCUAUUCUCCAUAUGGAUAUGGGAAGUUUCCCAGGUUCAGGAGGCCAAUGCGCUACAGACCUUUCUGAAAUGAAAAAUUAUACCUUUUUUGAGUCGACACUGACCAUGGAGAAAAAUAUUCUAUCUUAGUUGAAGAUGAUGGCUAUAUUUAUUUCAUUUUGAAGUUAGGUAUGGAUAUAAUUAAGAUGGAUAUGUUGAUUGCUGUUUACUUCUUGUUUCUGGCCUCCGGUCAUAGUUGUUUGCUUCCUUUUUUCUUUGGGUCAAUACCCUUGAAUGUUUGUUUGGUGGGGAUAAGACUGACUAUGGGAAAGGUUGUGCAUCACUUUCA